AUGGGAAUAGAAGACGGAGAGCAGUUGGACGAGAAGGCGAAGAGGAUGAGAGAUCUGUUAUCGAGCUUCUACUCGCUGGAUCUUUCAUCAGCAUCGCCGCCGUCAAGUGCUUCUCCCUCCAGAUUCGCCACCCUCGACACCAUCAACGCCACCUCCUUUGACGCCGAUCACUACAUGAAUCUCCUCGUACAAAAGUCAAAUUUGGAUGAACUUCUUAUGAAGCACGUCGAAAUGGCUUCUGAGAUAAAAAACCUGGAUACCGACCUGCAAACGUUAGUAUAUGAGAAUUACAACAAGUUCAUUAGUUCUACAGAUGCAAUCAAAAGGAUGAAAAGUAAUAUAAAUAGUAUGGAAGCAAACAUGGAACAGCUUAACGAAAAGAUUAUAUCCGUGCAAUCUAGGAGUGAUGGGGUCAAUACUUCUCUUUUUGCAAAAAGAGAGCAUGUAGAGAAGCUGCAUUGCACGCGCAAUCUGCUGCGGAAAGUUCAGUUUCUUCUUUCUGACCCGUUCUUUGUCGCCAUUACCAGAAAUAUGGGAACUCUUCCUUCCAGGACUGGGAAGGUAUUUUCGGAUUCCCAGUCCAUACAAGCAAGAGCUGAGGCUGUGAUGCUUCUUAAUCAGUUAAAUUUCCCGGUUGAGACUCUGAAGCUUAAAUUGUUUGAGAAGUUGGAACAGUUCCUUUUGGAUUUGCAUUUUGAAUCUAAGGACCUAAAAGAUGCUUCAGCAGAUGAUGAACUUCCUAACCAAGGAAAAGUCGAUGUUUCAGCUUUUGCUGCUGCUCAUGAAGCUUCUAUUCGUGAAUUUGGGGAAGCUCUUCGUGCUUAUAGAGUUAUCUUUUCGCACUCAGAACCACAGCUAUUUAAACUUGCACAAGACCUUGUUAUGAAGGAAUUUGAAGCCACUCAUCAACAUAUUAAGAAGCAGCUCCGCUCUGCAAAUAUUCUGGCAAUCCUUCGAGUCAUUUGGACUGAUGUGCUCCUACUUGAUGAAGUGUUACCUGGGGCUGCCCUUCUUGAUUUUACUCUACAGGCUGCUCUUAUUGCUGUCAAAGAUUAUAUCACCAAUGCAGUAAGUUAUCUUUUACUUGAUAUUUCAGACGCUUUCUCAAAAAUCCAAGUUAUGCAAAAGGAGGGAACAGAGGAAGUAUACCCUUUGAAGGCAGCCUUCGAGGCCAGCAAAAAGGCAGUUAUCCAAGGCAGUAUGGAUGUCUUACUGGACUUCCAUCUACUUCUCAUUGAAAACUCUGAAUUAUUACUGGAGUUGAGAGGCUUUGCAAUGGACUGGGUCCAAGAAGCGUUUCAAGAUUUCUUCAGGAAAGUUCAUGACUAUUUCCUCUUGCUUUGUGGAAAGAGUAACUCUUCCAGUCAAGAUCGAAAUCCUAUAGAGGGAAUACCAGGUGACAAAGUUCCUGCUGGGCUUGUUCUUGAAAUAGCGUCUUCUUUCUCUGGUAGUGGUGUUCGGGGCUUUGAAGAUGGUCCAGCUUUUAUUCCUGCAGAAAUUUGUUGCACCUUUCGGGCAGAUGGUGAAAUGUACUCGCACCUUUAUGUGAAGAUGAGAACUCAAAGAAUAGCAGUCAUCUUAAAGAAGAGGUUUACAGCACCGAAUUGGGUCAAGUUUGAAGCAAUAGGAAACGAAGCAAAACAAAUUUUGCCCCACGGCCUUCACUAUAGACAUCAACGCACUGACAGCAAUGGGAGCACUACAUCUUCACGCAGCAGUACAUUGAGAGACGGUAGGUUGAGCAGGUCAAAUACUCAGAAGGACAGGAACCAGCUUCUGGAGAUGCAUCUAGCAAAAUUAUUUAAGCAAAAAAUGGAGAUUUUCACAAAAACAGAAAACACGCAGAAAUCUGUCAUAACAACUAUAGCAAAACUUUCUUUAAAGAGUUUGCAAGAGUUAGUCAGACUCCAGACAUUCAAUCGAAGUGGCUUCCAACAAAUUCAGUUGGAUGUUCAGUUUUUGAAGUGUACUUUAAGGGAUAUUGCCGAGGAUGAAGCUGCAAUUGAUUUCUUACUUGAUGAGGUGAUUGAUGUUACUACAGAGCGUUGUCUUGAUCCAGUUCCUCUUGAACCAUCCAUUUUAGACAGACUUGUAAAUGCAAAGUUGACAAAGAUUUCACAAUAG